AGGGGCCCCGCCCCAUCACGGAGUGCCAGACGGCCCUGCCCCAGGAACCCCAGCUGAGAGCCCAAUCGCAUCAGGGGAGCACGGGCCAGCAGCAGGAGCUCCAGGCUGGCCGGACACCUGGGUCCCCACGCAGACUGGAGCUGGACCACAGUGGGACAAAGACACCUCCAGACAAGUUGCCAGGGCCCCACAUGGAGGAGGCGGGUGGGCCUAUGGCCCGGGCCAAGGCCCGAGUGGUAAGUGCCACAUUGACAUGGCGGCAGCGGCCCCCUGCCCAGGAAGAGAUCAAACAUGGUUUUCACAAGGUGUCCCUGGUGUCAGGGGCCCAGAUGGAAGUCCCCCAGGAGGAGAUGUUUGAGUUCAGCCGUCAAGAGGAAGUCAAUGGCUUUGCAACACAGGAAGAAGAGACUGUGAAUUGCCAGGGCCCUUGGGAUACAGCUGGCUCCAAAAACUUCCAGAGCCAUGGACCCAUCUUUUCCAAGAAGUACACACCACCUCCCAAGGAGAAAAGGCCUGAGGGGAGGCUGAAGGAGGCUGUGGACCAGAGUGAUGGCAGCCGCCAGGCUCCCAGGACUGGGCCCCCACGUGUGGGAGCUGUGGCCAGGACUGAGCUUUUGGUUCCCCUGCCUGGGCCCCGAGAGCCAAGUCCCCACCCAGGUGUAGGUCUCACCAGUGGGAGCUCCCGGAGCCUCGAGGAAUACCGAGUGACACGCACUGUGCGGACCACCACGGUGGUGGGAGGUCAUGUGGACCGGCGGGUGAGCAGCUCUGUGACCGUGAAGCCAGUGUCCUCAGGAGAGGCCCUGCCACGGGGCCGUCAGGUCGCCCGCAUGGUGCAGCCAGUGGUGGUGGGCUCCCCACCAGGCUCGCCCAGCCGCAGCCAGGCUGUGAAAGUGCUAAGUAACCUCGUGCCUGCUGGGCACAGCCCCCCUGCCAGCCACCUGCCCAGGCCCACGGCUGGCGGGCCAAGGAGCACAGGUCUGGGCAGCACAGUGGGGGCAGCCUUGAGGCAGCUGCCUGAGACCGGGACAGCAGAGCUUAAAGACAGCUCUGCCCUGGCCUCUACAGGCAUCCCAGGCAGUGCUCACCUGCUUAAGAAUCAGGAUGCCCCUGCAGCCUGUCCAGACAGAGACCAGGGCAGAGCCCCGGAUGCCAGGGUCUGUGAGCUCCGGCAGGUGCUGGGAGCCCCCAGUUCCACUGAGCUCCCUCUCCAGACUUCUCAGGGUCAAGCAUCAGUCCCCUCCUCUCCCAGACUCCAGACCCACGUCCCCUCUCCGGGCCUAACUCACCCUGCAAAGCAGCCUGUGGUGCCCACUCACCCCAGGGCCCAGCUCACUCCCCUUGUUCUGCCCCCCAUAAAAAGGGAAGGGCUCGUGGACCCCCCUGCUGCCACCGUCCUGCCCAUGGUGAGGAGCGAGCAUGUGACAGUCCCUGGUCAACCUCCUGCUCCAUCCUCUACAAGAAGGAAGGAUGUCCCCAGCCCAGGAGGUCUUUCUGCUCCAUCGUCCCUAAGGAAUAAGUUUGUUCAGAACUCUGAAAAUGUCCCUGUCCUCCUCUUUACCCAGAGGGAGGUGGUGCGGGGCUCCGGUGCUCCUGCUGCCUCAUCCCCCACCCAGAAGGAGGUGGUGCAGGGGUCCAGUGCUCCUGCUGCCUUGUCCCCCACCAGGAAAGAGGCCGUGAAGGGCCCCAGUGCUCCUGAUGCCUCAUUUCCCACUUGGAAAGAGGUUGUGAAGGGCUCUGGUAUUCCUGCUGCCUCAUCCCCCACCCAGAAGGAGGUGGUGCAGGGGUCUGGUGCUCCUGCUGCCUCAUCGCCCACCCAGAAGGAGGUGGUGCAGGUGUCUGGUGCUCCUGCUGCCUCAUCUCCCACCCAGGAGGUGGUGCAGGGGUCCGGUGCUCCUGCUGCCUCAUCCCCCACCCAGAAGGAGGUGGUGCAGGGGUCCGGUGCUCCUGCUGCCUCAUCCCCCACCCAGAAGGAGGUGGUGCAGGGGUCCGGUGCUCCUGCUGCCUCAUCCCCCACCCAGAAGGAGGUGGUGCAGGGGUCCGGUGCUCCUGCUGCCUCAUCUCCCACCCAGGAGGUGGUGCAGGGGUCCGGUGCUCCUGCUGCCUUGUCCCCCAAGUCAACUGAGGUUGUCCAGGGCCCAGAAGGCAGCCCUAGCAUCCAAAAAGAGGCUGUCCAGGGUAUUGCAGGCAGCCUUGCCCCACCCCUCACCAAGGAAGAGACUGUUCAAGGCCCAACUGCUCCUGCCACCUCACUCCCCAAACAGGAUAAGGGGGUCCAGGACUCUGAAGAGAGCCCUAUCUCAUAUCUCACCCAGAAAGACGUUGUGCAGGAUACUGCUGCUGUCCCUGCCCCAUCUUCCUCAGUGGACAGGGUGUCCCCCAGCCCAGGAGGCACCCCUGCCCCAGUGCCAACAGGAGCAGAGGCCAGCACGGAGUCCCAGCUUGUCUCUGAUCUCACCGAGGGCAAGACAUGCCCAGAGACAUCGAGGGAGGAGGAUGAGGUGGCCCUGGCCGCUGACCUGGAGAUAUUCCUGGAUACCCUGAGGAGCAUGGAGCCCCCUGAGAUCCUCCUCACUCACCGGCUGCCACGAGCCCCUCGCUCCUCCUACCUGUCCAUGUACGCCACACUGCCUGCCAUUGAGGAGGACCAGCCGGGGCCAUGGGUGCUGGGCCCCGGCCCCCAGGAGGUGCCUUCACUGGAAGAGAAAGAGGAGGAGGAGGAGGAGGAACCAGAGAACCCCUAUCUGAGUGACGAUGAGAAGCUUCAGCGCAGGCAGGAGAAAGCCGGGCCCAGCCCCUCCAGGGACCUCCACCCUGCCAGACCCACCCAGGUCUCCUGCUCUCCUCUGGAGAUGAUGAAGAAGCAUGUAGCAGGAACCAAGGGCCCCCACUCAGAGCUGGGGUUGGAAUUGCAGGGAGGCAGCAGGCCCACUUCCCGUCUCGAAGGCAGCCUUCUUUUCGGCAGUCUGGUGCCUGCCACCAAGGAGACCUCCACCCCAGAACCGCUGGGCACAAAACUAUCUGCUCUGCUGCCCCAUGGGGCACCGGGGCUCAGGAAGGUGCCAGGACAGUUGCCCCUGCUUUGCAGUGAAAGACCAUCCCCGACGGAGAAGCUUGCCUGUGCCCUGUCCCUGGAGGGGUGGAGCCCAGCCUUAAAGACCCAGGGUAAGCCAAACACCAGGCCUGGAAAGGUGAUCUUCUUCUCGGAGUCUGGCUGCCAAGGCAGUGGCAGGGAGGUCUGGGGAGACAUCGUUGAUGCCUCAGGCUGGGCCCCUGUAGCCUCCAUAAGGGUAGUUCGAGGCUGCUGGGUGCUGUACGAACAGCCAGAGUUCCGGGGUCAGAAGCUGGUCCUGCCUGAAGGAGACAUGGAACUCAGAACCCCAGGGACAAAGUGGAGUCCCCAAGGCAUCGGCUCCCUAAGGAGGGUUGUCUGGGACUACAGCACCCCGGAAAUCAGCCUCUUCUCUGAGGAGGGCCUCAAGGGGGAGCAAGUGAAGCUAACAAAGGCCUUGAAGAAUUCCCAGGGUCUGGAGAAGCCCCUGCAGGUGGCAUCUGCCACCGUCUCUGCAGGACUGUGGCUACUGUACCCCAAACCAUUAUUUGAAGACACUCCCUACAUCCUGGAACCUGGAGAGUACCCCACCUCGGAGGCCUGGGGCACAUCGGACCCCAGCGUGGGCUCCCUGAAGCCCAUGAGAUUGGGCUGCCCAAGUGUGGAGAAGCCAGGGGAGCCCAGGGCUGUGGUGUAUGAGGCCCCAGGCUUUCAGGGCCGCAGCUGGGAAGUGAGCCGAGACAUCUACAACCUUCAGCAGCCAGAGGACAGCCAGAGCCCCCACCUGGCCUCUGUGGGGUCCCUGAGAGUUCUCGGGGGCUGCUGGGUGGGCUACGAGAAGGAGGGCUUCCGGGGCCACCAGUAUCUGCUGGAGGAGGGGGAAUACCCAGACUGGUCACACUGGGGAGGCUAUGACGAGUUGCUGACCUCCCUCCGGGUCAUCCGGACGGACUUCGGGGACCCAGCCGUCGUGCUAUUUGAGGCCAUGGACUUCGAGGGGCACGGCGUGGAGGUGAGCAAGGCAUUGCCGGAUGUGGAGCUGGUGCAACACGGCCCCAGCACACAGGCGAUCCACGUGCUCAGCGGCGUGUGGGUGGCCUACCAGGAGGUGGGCUUCUCCGGGGAACAGUACGUGCUGGAGAAGGGCGUGUACCGUAACUGCGAGGACUGGGGCGCUGGCAACAGCACCCUCGCCUCGCUGCAGCCGGUCCUACAGGUCGGGGAGCACGAUCUGCACUUUGUCUCAAAGAUUCAGCUUUUCUCCCGCCCCGACUUUCUGGGCGACCACUUCUCUUUCGAAGAUGACCAGGCCGCUCUGCCCGCCUCUUUCCGACCUCAGUCCUGCCGGGUCCACGGCGGCAGCUGGAUCCUGUUUGAUGAGAAGAACUUCGAGGGUGACCAGCACAUUCUCUCUGAGGGCGAGUUCCCCACUCUCACGGCCAUGGGCUGCCUAGCCUCCACAGUCCUGGGCUCUCUCCAGAAGGUAUCCCUGCACUUUUCAGAGCCUUCGAUUUUCCUGUAUGGACUCGAGUGCUUCGAGGGGAAGGAGAUCGAGCUCAGCGGGGAGGUGCGGAGCCUGCAAGCCGAGGGCUUCAACAACCAUGUGCUGUCCGUGCGGAUCAAGGGGGGCAUUUGGGUGCUAUGUGAACACAGUGACUUCCGGGGCCGCCAGUGGCUGGUGGGAAGCUGCGAGAUCACCAACUGGCUGACCUACAGCGGCACCCAGAGGGUGGGCUCCCUCUACCCCAUCAAGCAGCGCCGGGUUUAUUUCCGCCUCUGGAAUGCAGCACUGGGGGGAUUCCUGGCAGUGCCAGACCACGUGGAGGACAUGAAGGCAGGCCGUGUGGUGGUCUCCGACCCCCGAGCUGGAGGUAGCUGCAUCUGGUACUACGAGGAUGGGCUGCUGAAGAACCAGAUGGCCCCCACCAUGAGCCUGCAGGUGAUUGGACCCCCUAGCCCAGGCUCCAAGGUGGUGCUGUGGGCCGAGAGCCGCCUGCCACGCCAGACGUGGAGCAUCAGUGAAUUGGGCCACAUCUGCAGCCAGAUGUUCGAAGGCCAGAUCCUGGAUGUGAAGGGAGGCCGGGGCUACGACCGGGACCACGUGGUGCUAUGGGAGCCGGAUGAGGACAGGGCAUCUCAGAUCUGGACCAUCCAUGUGCUUUGAACCUUUUCCCCUCACCCUCCAGCCCUGGAGGCUUUUGCUGGGAUGAAUGUUUUUAUAGGAUUUUUGUUGUAACAUAAGCUAUUUUCUAAUAUGCUGCCAGGUACCCUUGUCUCUGUGCACCUUGAUAUUUCGGGGUGGUGUGGGGAUUUGUUCACCUGCCUUCUUCCCUGAC